ACAUACUAAAAGAAGACGACCACAAGUAGUCAGCCAUUGAAUAAACACACGAGCAAAUUGAAUCAUUUCAUACUCGAUUUGGUUAUUGCGCAAGCAAAUUGAAGCAAAACCGAGUCACGAUGAACCCGUAUCCAAGUAAAGGUACUUGCGGUGGCAAAGGCAAACGGAGACGUAAGCGUAGAUCAUUGAACACAACAAUCGAGGUCAAACAAGAGAAUGUUGUCAAAGAGGAGCCGAGAGACAACGUUGGAAUGGUUGAUGUUACACGGCCACCACGACAACCACCAUCAACCGAAGCAAUUGAUGUGAUCAAAUCGGAGGCGGACACCGACAGCGAGAUGUAUUUCGAAUACGCCGACGAUUGCGUGAAGAGAGAGAUCAAAAGUGAAGAUGAAUGUACAAAGAAGGGAUGCGAUUCGGCACAAGGUGCAAACUCCAAUGGAGGUGACGAUCAACAUGAUGAGCCGAUUGAUGGAAACCCAACCAAUCCGCGAACGAGUUCAAACGACAAUGACGAACAACGCAAACGGAAGGCAAAAACACAAAAGAAGCCAAGCGAUCGAAAGAAGACGACUAACGCCAGGGCUUCGAAUAAAGCAGCAGUGAAGAGACAGAAAAAACACAUGUGCCAUUUGUGUAGCUACGCCGCAUCGCAAAAAUGGUUACUUACAAGACACGUUCGAGUCCACACCGGCGAGAGGCCAUUCGAGUGCAAAAUAUGUGCAAAAUCUUUUUCAUUGAAAAGAAAUUUGUGUCGCCAUGAAAAAUUCCACGGUCCCCGAUUGGCAUUCCGUUGUUUAAAAUGUUGUCGUGAAUUUGCUCAAGAAACUGAUAAGAACGAUCAUGAAUCCAACUGCAAAUGUCCUCGGCUCGAGUGCUAUGCGUGCAAAUACACUACAUUCCAAUUGUCGUUCAUGAAGCAACAUAUGCGAACCCAUAGUGGACAAAAGCUAUUCGCAUGUUCGGUUUGCGUCCAAACAUUCAUGCAAAAAAAUCAUCUGCGCCAACAUUCACGAACUCACAUCAAACAGCUUCCAUUCGCUUGUUCAAACUGUGGACAACGAUUUAACAACGAUAACGAGAAACAAUCGCACGAGAAACGGUGCACUUGUCGACGAUACGAAUGCUAUUUGUGCUUUCACAAAUGUUUCACAAAAAAUCGUUUGAAGCAGCACAUGCGAUCAAAGCACACCAGCGACAUGCCAUUCGAAUGUGCAGUUUGUGGACUGAAAUUUUCUUACCAUUCCGACCUAAAACGACAUUUGACCACGCAUGCAAAACCACGUCCGUUCCGUUGCUUGAAAUGCUGGAAGUCAUUUAAAGAGGAAGGGAAGAAGAAUGCGCACGAAGGACAGUGUAAUAGCCGUCUUCAUCAGUGUUAUCUUUGCAAAGCUAACACACUUGAUUCAGCAAGUCUGAAGAAACAUUUUCGUGCUCUUCACACAGGCGAACGACCAUUUGAAUGCAAAUUUUGCGAAGUUCGCUUUGUGGACAAAUAUUCUGCUGCUCGUCAUAUGAAACACCGCCACAAUUUGGAGAACUUAAUUCAAUUGAGCCGAACAAAACACAAACCAAAUUCAAUUUAAUUUCAUCAUGUUUUCCAUACUUUGUAUUCACGAAAAAAAAAAAAUUAGAGGUUGAAAUAAGCCCGAAAUGAUAUAAAAAAAAUUCACUUUCGAACAUAAUAAGUAUUUAUUCGCCGAAAUUAUACCAAAUUUUCGCUUAAAUCAAACCGAAUAACAAAUUAAAUGGAAUUUACUCACUUUUUCACUCUCAUUAAAAGCUGAUAAAUCUUUAUUUACUAUCAAUUAAGCAGAAUGUGUUCAAAACCGGGAUAUAUCCGAAAUUGGAUCUAUCAAAAUGGAACCUUCUUUAGUAAUUUUUGACCUUAUAAACAUCGAAGAAUGUGUUCGUAUGCAUUUUUUUUAAAUUUUCAGUACUGCAACAAAAACUGGAUACUUUCUGAAAAACAGAUAUUGAUUUAUGUACAACGCCACUUAAUCGUUCGUGGCUGGAAAACCAUGUUUCGUCAAUCUUUACUUUAUUCUUAACUCAAUGGAAUUGUCACUCCACCAAUACAACCACAUUUUUUUCGAGUCAUGCUAAUAAAUAAAGUCAUGUCAAUUUUAAAA